CUUUGCUUGCGGCUAGGGUGAUGUUUGUGUACUGACUUUGUCGGUUGAGAAAGUAACUAAUUUAUAAAACGUAACCAUUAAAUUGUUCGGGGAAAUGGAUCCCUUGCCUGCAACAUUUUUUGGCAAACUUGACAAAAAGAACCCUGUCAUUUCGUCCUUUAACGUCGAGAUAAAGGAGUUUAUGUUGUACAUGAGGCGGAUCACCAAUUCACCCAGAGUCGACUACCGCUCUUAUGCAAAAGGGUCAAAAAAGCUUUUUGAAAUAUGGAACAAGUAUAAAGUCCGUCUUCCUGCAUAUUACUACGAAAAGCAGUUGUUGCAAAUUGCUGAUUUUCUCUCUGAAAUUAAGCUGUACAGACUGGCGCUUUGGCAGGGCUAUGGCCGUUUCCUACACGAGUGCUGCGCUUUUAGCAUGGAGGACAUCAGAGAUGUGGACCAGUUCGUGAGCACUUUCUUCCCAGAAGGCUUUGAGACCGAGAAGGCAGGGCUCGUGUUCCGUGCCCUGCAGGGUCAUUGCUCGUGUGCCUUCCAACUGGAGAGGGAGCAGGAGGGAUGGUGUGGCCCGGGCGAGCCUCUGAAGCUGCGGCACAUCCUGACUUUCCUGCAGACGUUCAUGGAGGCUGUGCUGCCUCAUGACAGCCUUUGCUGGCUGCUCUACAACGGUACACCCACGCACCGAGACCUCUUACAGCACAGCUUGUAUAGCCGAGAGCAUACUGACACAAGAAGGAUCAUUGCAUAUUUACAACAUCUGCAGGAACCUGAUGUCCAUGAGUCACACAGAACAGGUAAAAACCUGUCACUAAAAUAAUAACAAGGGAAAAAGGCAGACUAACACUGCACACGGAAGGAGGGAAAAAGGCAGACUGACACUGCACACGGAAGAAGGGAAAAAGGCAGACUAACACUGCACACGGAAGGAGGGAAAAAGGCAGACUGACACUGCACACGGAAGAAGGGAAAAAGGCAGACUAACACUG